UCGACAUCGACCUAUCGCAUUUAUUUGAUGCCAAUUUUGUGUUUAAAAUUUGGUUUUGAUUGAAAAAUGUCGGGAAAUGUGAUGCUGACGGAUGAACAAAGCAAAUUAAAUGCCCGCCUGGAGGCGCACAUGGUGUACAUAUGCCCCGAGUGUGGAAAGGCAUUCCGGACACAGGCCGAGUGGCGUCAACAUCUGAAUACAAAACACGAAUAUCUGAAGAAGACCUAUUCGGACUUUAACUUUAUACAAAUCGAUGAGCGCUUCCAUGAGUGCCAGAUCUGCUUCAAGUGGGUGGAGAAUGCCCACAAGACAAUCGCUCUGCUGCAGUAUCAUUAUUUCAUGCACUUGGAGCACAGCGAAACAUAUCGCUGUGUGCACUGCCGCAUGGCGUACACUCGGAGACGCGCACUCAAUGGCCAUUUGAUGGAUACGCACAUGCGAGAGAUUGAGAAGUACGAGGCGAAGCUGCGACAAAUGAAGCGGACGCAGAACCCCAACGCAACUGCCGUGCCGUUACAGUCGGCGGCCGGGCGACUGACACAGAAACGUCGCGGCCGUCCGCCAGGCACGCUUGGUCACAAGCGCAGGGAUCUGCUGCAAAAGGCCCUAAUGGACAUUGAUCUGCAGGCAGAGGAGGAGAAGUCCUCUCCGCCCAAGCCGAAUGUCAGCGAGGCAAACCUGGAUAGAUGCCUGACGGCAUACGAGGAUAUUGUGCGCAAGGAGGAGGAACAGGUGCCCAAGUACGAGGCCGAUUUGGAUGCCCUUUGCCAGGAGUUUUUCGAUGAUCCCGAUGCCGCCGAUGCCGAAAAGGUUGAGGAAAACCAAGAAACGGUCAUCAUUGAGAUCGAUGCUCUGGGCAAGGAUGAGGUGGCGCUGCUAAAGAAGGAAAUGAACACAGACCCAGACACUUUGGUGGGUGGUGGUUGUCAAACCAAUGUCAAACGGCGACGCAUAUCCUCCAGCCCCAAUCGAGAUUCCGACACGGAAAUCUCCACCAAUGGUCUGAUGAAACUCUUAACCUUUUUGUGCCCGAAAUGCGGCAAAGAGGUCAAUUCCAUGGAUGUGUGGCGAGAGCAUGUGUUCGAGAAGCACGACUUUGAGCAUUACAUAGAGAAUAGCUUCAAGAUCCUGGAGGCUGGACGCAAGAGCAUGUGCCUGCAGUGCCACGAAAUCCAGCCUACCACCAAGAGAUCCGAGCUGCAGAAGCAUUGCUUCAAGCAUCUGCCCUAUCGAUCGUAUCUGAAGUGCUCCAUUUGCCAUCGCACCAAGACGAGCAUGUCCAAAAUGUUCAAUCACAUUCGCUACAAUCACCAAGAGGAGCUGCAGCGCAAGAACAAGACACAGCUGCUCAUCAAGAAGGAGCCAAAAUGGCUGAGUCCCAGCCACAGUCGGCAUUCGGUCAAGAGAGAAAAGGAGGAAGAAGUCUCCGACGAUGGGGAGGGUCUAACCUGCGAUCACUGCCACAAGUCGUACAAGAGCCAAGGGCGCUAUCAACGACAUCUGGCCGUGUGUACAAGAGGCACCAGUGGCAGCGGCAGCGGCACAGUGCGGCCUGCCACCCCCAUACAGGCGGGCGUGGAUGCUCUGAUGAAUCAUUUGCGUGAGGGGCGCAUGCGCAUGAAUGAUAUAUGGAAAACAAUGCAAUUGCAAAAGUUAUAGUUGUAAUAAUUCAAAGAAAAGAUAAUGUGUAUAAAAAAGAAACAAAGAUGCAAUGAUUUAUGCAGUGGAGCGUAUAC